AUGGCAGCCUCAACCGCAACCCCAGACCUUACUGGAGAAGAAGCCAGCAUUGUAUUCGCAGUUCUCGACAUAUACUUCAAUGAGAUGAUAGUCUACGCCCUCACGCAUGGGAUAUAUACAUGCGUCUUCGCUGUCACCUUGUGGAAUAUCUUUUCAAGUAAAACUCAAAACGGCACGUCCAGAAGUCUAAUGGUCCUGGUUAUCAUCGUACUUUACGUUCUGAGUACGAUCAGUUUGUCAUUCAUGUGGUUUUUUGUCCACUUUGGAUUCAUCGAUAACGGUCAAAAUGCCUCGACUGUGUUUGGAGGACUCACAGACUUCAAUCGCCAGUUCUAUGUAGUUCAGACGGCUGUGGGCAUCACGGGUAUCAUUGGUACUGUCCUUGCUGAUGCGGCUAUGAUUUGGCGCUGCUGGGUCAUUUGGGGUGGCCGCUGGUUUAUUGUAAUCGUCCCCAUCCUACUUCUUAUCGUUGAAGCGGUAAUUAAAUCGUUCCAGAUUUACCACCUUCUUCACGAUGUCAUACAAGAUUACGAUCUGUCCAAGUAUGGCAGCACUAGCUGGACGACGAUGUACCUGUCUCUCGUGCUCGCCACUACCCUUAUGUGCACUUUGCUCAUCAUGUAUCGUAUCCUAUCGGUGAGAGGAAUUAAGGUUGGCUUGCGAACGUACCGGGGUGUCGUCGAGGUGAUUGUGGAGUCAGCCGCAUUGUACUCCAUUGCCCUCAUCAUCUACAUCUCCCUGGCCGCACGUAACGAGCUGUCCGGCGGCUACGUCGAUGUCAUUACUUCUUCCAUAAAAGGUAUCGCCCCCACUCUUCUUGUCGGACGUGUCGCUGCUGGGCACUCGCGCCCGAACGACACUUGGAAAGAAAGUCAUUUGUCCUCACUUCACUUCGGUCAUGCUUCGCGGAGUCGCACCCAGAUAAGUACUAUAGGUGGCAUUAGUGUUACGCGGAGUGUGGUGCUCCAAGAUGAAGAAAGUAAUUCUGGCAGAGAUUUGUCGACGAAAAAGGUUCUCGAGCAGCAAUUAGAAGCAAAAGUGGAGAAUGUAUAA